UGGCAGAAGAAUGUGGAGCGUCUGGAUGGACGAGUCUGUAUCUCAAAAGAGGUCUAAAACACACAAAUCGCCUUCUGGAGGGGAGACGUUUGGACUGAGUGAAGACACUUUUGAUUUAGAACUUCAUGUUCGAGAAGUAACGAAGUGUCGCAAUCUGACCGAUCAUGCUCCGUUCUGAUGGAGCGGCGGCUCGGCCUGACCGUCACUGCGUCCCUCUGUAUGUGCAAGUGCUGCCCGACAGAACACAGACUCACUCCAGCGCCUCACCACCGUCUGAUCACCACAGCACAACACAUCACCACUACACCAGCGCUCACACACGUGGGGCGAAGCCACCGCCACCACCAGUUCCCAAAAAACCUGGCAAACACAGUCUGUCCACACGUUCAUGUGACGUUUCUCCAGCGUAUGACAAUUACAGAGAGAUCCAGACACCAGCGAUUCCUCCGCGUCCCGCUUCAUCAGAGCCCGUCAGGAGCGAGCCGAACCGGCACCUGUAUGAGGUGCUGCUGGACGACCAUCAGGAUGAAGCAGAUGAUUGUGCAGCGAAGGGGAAGCGUUUCUCAUCCUCCGGUUUGAUGGAGUCGGACGGUGGAUUGCGUGACAACAGCGGUCUGUGGGCAGGUUGGGAUGAUCUGUUUGAUCAUGAGCAGCAGGAGGAUCAGAGCAGACUGUUUGCUCAGACGGUUCAUCGGAUCCGAUCAGGAGUUCAGCUCUACCAGCAGGUUCUGUUUCACCGCGGCACCAGCAUGAUGAACUUCAUCACCCAGCUCAACUGCAUCGCCGACGAACUGGACAAGGCGUUGAAAAAAACGCGCAUCGCAGGCAUCACGGGCGGCACCACGGGGGCCAUCGGGACGGCGGCCAUAGUCGCUGGCAUCGCUCUGGCGCCCGUGACCCUCGGAGCCUCGCUGGCCGUGGCGGGGAUCGGCGUCGGCGUGGCGGCGGCCGGAGGCGUCACCGGAGCGUCGGCCGCCAUCGGCAAGAAAGUCAAAAAAACUCAGGACAGGAGGAAGGUAGAGAAAAUCCUCCGGCUCUAUCAGAGCCAGAUGGAGGACGUGGAGGAGUGUCUGAAGUUCAUCAUCAGCGGGUUGAAGCACCUGAAGACACUGGAGCUCACGACGCUCGCGGUCGACUCUGACGCCGCAGACGUCCUGAAGCUGGCGGAGCGGCUCGGAAACUCUGACGUCAUCGACGCUCUGAGCGAAAACACCCGUGCGGUCCAGGCUUUCGCCGCCGAUCUGGAUUCGUACUUCACUAAAGACGACGCGCAGAGGCUGAAGAAAGGCUCGGAGAGCUUGUUUGCCGCUAAGAUUCGAGAGGUGGCUCUGAAACUCAAAGAGAACAUUGACCAGCUCAUACGCAUCAAAAACAUGUUCCGCUGA